CAGGUCAACAUUUGCUAGUUUGAAGAUGAAAAAUGGUUGUCACAUUAAGUUUACAUCUGAGUAUUAGAAAUAUUGAUUAAAUCAUUUGAUUCUUAUUUCUUAGUUCUUACCUUAAAAACAAACAACUACAUGAAUGUCAUACCUGCCCUUCUCUAGCAAAAUCCAAAUUCUCUUCAGAGAAGAAACCUACAAGAAAGAAAACCAUUUGCUUCCCAUUUUGUCUAUGAGAUAACAAUAUGGAGCUUUGAUGGAAGACAAGAAAGCAAAUAUCGUUGCUGUUACAACAGUGAUCUCCCUCAUCAUUCUUAUCAUUGUUGCUCGUGUCCUUCUCAAACUUUCCAAGGCUUUCUUUCUCAUUUGUGGAGCAGGUAUAGCAGUGAUCCUUGCUGUCUUUGCAUACCUAGUAAUCAGGAGACAAUACAAUCGAAGGAGACAGUUGUUGGAAUCAAAACUGGUAUCUGAAGGAAGAGAGCUUCGUAUUGAGUACAGUUUUCUCAGGAAAGUUGCUGGAGUUCCAACAAAGUUUAGAUACAAGGAGCUAGAGGAAGCAACAGACAAUUUCCAUUCAUUGUUAGGCCAAGGAGCUUCUGCAACAGUUUUCAAAGGAAUACUAAAUGAUGGGACUGCUGUUGCAGUGAAGAGGAUUAAUGGAGAGGAGCGCGGGGAGAAGGAGUUUAGAUCAGAAGUUGCGGCCAUUGCAAGUGUGCAACAUGUAAAUCUACUGCACCUUCUUGGCUAUUGUUGUGUUCCUGGGGAACCUCGCUUCCUUGUUUAUGAGUUUAUACCAAAUGGUUCAUUGGAUUGUUGGAUUUUCCCCAGAAGGGGAAGGCACAACCGGCGUGGGGGGUGCUUGUCUUGGGACUUAAGGUAUAGAGUUGCCAUUGAUGUUGCUAAAGCACUGUCUUACUUGCAUCAUGACUGCCGUUCAAGGGUCUUACACCUUGAUGUCAAGCCAGAAAAUAUACUUCUUGAUGAGAAUUAUAGAGCAAUUGUUGGAGAUUUUGGUCUCUCAAAGCUUAUGGGAAAAGAUGAGAGUAGAGUUGUCACAAAUAUCCGGGGGACUAAAGGUUACUUGGCCCCAGAGUGGCUAUUGGAGCAAGGAAUAUCUGAGAAAUGUGAUAUCUAUAGCUAUGGCAUGGUUCUUCUAGAGAUGAUUGGAGGUCGGAGAAAUAUUUGCUUGGUAGAAAAUGGUAAGGACAAGUCUGAAAGGAAAUGGAUAUAUUUCCCAAAAAUUGUGAACGAAAAAUUGGGGGAAGGGAAGCUUAUGGAAGUUGUUGAUCCAAGGCUAGUACAUGGUGGAGGCAUUGAUGAGGGGGAGGUAAGAAGAUUGGUUUAUGUAGCCUUGUGGUGCAUACAAGAGAGGGCUAGAAUGAGGCCUAGCAUGGCUCGUGUAGUUGAGAUGCUUGAAGGUCGAGUGGCUGUGGAUGCGCCCCCUGAUUCCAAAAUGAUCGUUGUUGAUUUAUUGUCAAUGGAUCAUGAAGAGCAGCCAGAUGGCCGUGACAGGCCAAAGGUUGCUGCAAUAGCACCAAUCCUAGUAGAUAGUAGUUGUCCUACCACAUCUACAUGCUCUUUUGCCAUGUCAGUUCUAUCUCCACGGUAAGCUCCAAGAACAGCAAAGCUUACUCCAUCAGGAAUCUUAACUUGAUCGAUUCAAUUAAAAAUUAAGGUAUCAUCUUUUACUUUGAAGUUCAAUUUUUUUCCUUGGCAAAUGCUUACACAGAGUAUGAACAUAUUUCCCUAGUUUGUACACAAUAAACUUAAAUAGAUUAUCUGCAUUAGUGUAUCUUUCGUUCUCGUAGCAAAUGUACUGACUCGAAAUUGAGAAUUGGAACUAAUUAAUCUGUUUCACAUUUUU